ACCGGAAAAAAUCAUUAAAAUUCCAGUCAUCUUCAAUUUUUCGGAAGAGGUAUUGACCCGACAAUGCCCACGCCACUGAGAAUAAUUUCAAUUUAAAUGUACGUUUAUAUGUUUUUCGUCUCUUCAAUCAGGACCACUCUACUGAUUGGGAUGUUAUUGUACCUAUUUCAACAUAGUUUCUGCACUAGUCUAAUCUAAUCAUUUCCUCGUUGUGGACAGAACUAGUUUUAUUGUGUUGUGUUAAAAGCACAAAAUAGGAUGUUAUGGUUUCAUGAAACAUUGUUAAGAAGAAUCGCCUCAGUUAUUUUAGGAUAUUUCUUGUAUGGAGGAUGUAUUGUUUCAGGAACUACUGCUUCAACGAAAUGUGGAGGUGUCUUUCUUACUGUGAGCUCCCUGGAGGGUUCCUUUCUCGAACUCAAUUGGGAAACAGCUUGUAGUCCUGAUGAUAUAACUCCAAGAAUCAUAGCCCUUUACAAUGAAGAUAUAAGGAAUAGAACACAGGAUGUCAUUCUCUACGAUGAAAUAAUAGCAGACAAUCAUCCAGAUGGCUACUUCAGAACACAGACUUCUUUCAACAUCAGCGUCCUACCAAAGUAUUGGCAAUACAACUCAACAACACUAAGACAACUUGGAGUCCACGCCUUACCAUAUUGGAUUGUGUCUUACUCAAACACUAACGAUAUCAUAGAUAUUCAGCCAAUGAGGAUACAACCUUCUUGGAUGUUUGACAAUAGAGAGAAGUUGAAAACCCAACAUCUAAAAGAGCUAUUGAUACCAGGAACGCACGACUCAGGGUGUUAUGGAGGUAUGAGUAUAUUUGAAGAUUACAUUUUGACCCAAGAUUUGCCUAUAUGGUAUCAACUGGUGUUUGGCAUAAGAUAUUUGGAUCUUAGGAUAGCUUAUCACAAUGAUGAAAAGUUCUACAUAAACCAUGAAUUUGUUAGGGUGAAAAAAUUGCACCUCGUCUACAGUCAGAUAAAACAAUUCCUUGACAAAUCACCAAGUGAGGUGAUCAUCAUUGACUUUCAUCGAUUUCCAUUUCCAUCAAUUUGGGAUAGAAAUUUACACCAUAAAUUCAUCAAUUACACCCUGGAGCAUUUGGGAAAGUACGCUUAUUCCAAAGAUGACCUUGAUGGAAAUAUGCAUCAAGGACCUACAAUGGAUGAGAUAUGGAAAGCUGGAAAAAACAUCAUCUUCACAUAUGCAGAAAAGCAUUAUACAAAAGUUUAUCCACAACUGUGGGAGCCAAUACCCCAGGUUUGGGCGAAUACUAUACACGUUCACCAUCUGAAGAAAUACCUAGAGGAUUAUCUGAAGAACAGAUCCAACCAUAAGAUGAAUGCGUUGAUGGCAGAGUUGACCCCAAGAACCAUUGAUGUCAUCACUGGAAAGAAUAGUUUGAGAGAACUCGCUAGCAAAGUCAAUUCCAAUGUAACCAGAUGGGUUAGAGAUGAAUGGAAUAGAAAAGUCAAUAUUAUAGCUUCUGAUUUUUUCCUGGGUAACAAUCUUAUCGAUGUGGCUAUCGAUGUAAAUAAGAAUAGUAUAUUUUUGAUUAUGUACCGAAGGGAAAGUGUUUUUAUAACUGUCAAUUCUUUGAAGGAUGCUUUCAUUGAACUCAACUGGGAUCCUACGCCGAGAGAAAACGAGAUUCAAGUGGAGCACAUAGCAUUGUACAAUUGUGAUAUAAGGAAAACAUCUGUGUGUGAAACUCAUUUAUACGUGAAAAUUAGAGCGAGAGAGCAUCCUAAAGGCUACUACAAGACCCAAAUCAAAUUCAAUCUGAAUAAACUACCCGGAAAUUGGUGCUACAACUCAACGUAUCCGGGGUAUGUUGGACCUCAAGAUCUCCCCUAUUGGAUAGUUUCGUUUACUGAGGAUCUUCAGAUUAUCGACAUACAAUCUUUGAAGAUUCAACCUACAUGGAUGGGAGAUAACAGAGAUAGUCUUGGCCAUCAGCACCUAGGAAACAUAAUAUUACCAGGAACCCACAACUCUGCAUGCUGUGGUGGUGCCCCAUUCUUCACCAAAGACUAUGUCUUAAACCAAGACAGAACGAUCUGGGAACAGAUGGUCUUUGGCAUAAGAUACCUCGAUUUGAGAAUAGCUUGUUAUUUCGAGGUAGAUGAUAGACCUGCCUUUCACAUCAACCACGAUUUCAUCAGGGUGCAGAGAGUCGAGAGGGUAUUCGAUGAAAUAAAAAAAUUCCUGGAGAAAUCACCCAAAGAAAUACUCAUUGUUGACUUCCAUCGGUUCCCAAGGCCGAAGAAAUGGCUAGAUCAUCUGCAUGAGAUGUUUAUACAUUACACUUAUAACGAACUUGGGCCAUAUGCCUAUGUCAGAAACUCGUCCGUCCACUGCAAAGGUCCCACUUUGAAUGAAAUAUGGGAUGCUGGGAAAAAUAUUAUUUUUACACAUGCCGAAUGGUGCUAUACCGAAAAGUAUUUGUGGCUGUGGCCUUCAAUACCACACGCCUGGGCAGACACGACAUGUGUGAGCUCCCUCAAGCAAUUUCUGGAAAACUUCUUAAACAGGGAAUCGACGAAAAACGCAAUGUUCCAUGCAAUAAUGGCUGAACUAACCCCUACUUUCAAGGAUGUCCUUUUAAGAAGAAACAAAUUGAGAAAACUCGCAAACGACGUCAAUCCAAACCUCACAAGGUGGGUUAGAGAAUGGAAUCACAGGGUGAACAUUGUAACUUCAGAUUUUUUCUUAGGAAAUGACCUCAUUAACUUAGCAAUUUACAUCAAUACCAGUAGGUAAUACAGGAAGAUUUUUAUAUAAUAUACACGUGUCGUUUAUAUACUCACUCGUUGAAUGUACUGCGGUAAAUAUAAUUUUGUAUUAGCGUAUUGUAAUCGGAAAUAAAGCACGAUACC